AUGUUGGUGUUAUGGGUUGACUUCGUUUGGGUGAAACUGUGGAGCUCACAACGUCGUCUCACAAAUCUUCUGCAAAAGCGAGAUCGUUGUUUGACCAUGGACACACUGCACACGAUAGACUCGUACGGGUCGCAGAUUGUCCCACCAAAGACACCAGAUCGAAAGGGGUUAUUUACGAGGGCUUUUGAUUUUGCCUGGAGGAGGAGUCCAGAAAAAGAAUCAUCAGCCAAAGAUAGGUAUGAUGAACAUAGUACCAACCGCAUACCAAGUUAUAAUUACAGACCCACUUCUCCCUCGAUAUACGAUGACAGGAACAGCUGGGUUGAUGACGAGCCGGAGAUCAAUCAGACUCUUGACUUUAUCCGUCAGCAGAAAGAGAACCAUUCCAGAUCUCUAAUGUCCAUGUAUCCUGGGAAGUUUCCCCAAAAUAAACAUGAAAGUGCUCGUAGCAUGUUCGAUACAACAAAAAUGAACACUGAGUACAAUAAAUCGAUGUACCCAUCUGGGCAACGAUCUACUUCUCAAUUGGAAGAAUCGAUAUUGAGUCGUUUGAACCACAAUAAUCAAGCACUAAGAGAUAUAUCCAUCCAGCUGGAACAAACGUCGGAUUAUUCUCAAUUACAGCAGAACUAUAUUGAAGAACUGGAGAAAUGCCAAAGGGUUUAUGAUGCAUACUACGAUCUUGCUUCCAAGUAUCAAGAAUUGAAAAGAACCCCGGUUAGAGAACAUAAUAUUUCAGCUCCCCCAGCGCCACCGCCUGCUUCAUCGUUCUCUGCACCUUCUUCUGAAAUACUUUCCCUCAAAAUUGAGCAACUUCAAAAAGAUCUAGAUCGUAUGACUGAAAAACAUGACUCCUUGAGUAGGUUGUACCAAAACAGAGAUUCAAGGGCGUUUAAUACAGACACGCCUGCACGGCCAAGAACAGAGGAAAAGUUUUCUUCUGCCUAUGAAUCCAGGUUUAAAGACACUCCUUCAUCCAGAAGGUCCGUCAGUUCAAGCAUCAAUGAUCCUACUUGGCGAUCUCAAAGGUUAUCUACCUCUAGCCUUCCAAGAAGCCGGUAUUCUUGGUUGAAAAAGGAAGAGGAUGAUUCGGCUACAGAAUCGUUGAUUAAAAAGUAUGCUCAAACGUAA